AUGAUUACAUCUGUUUGUAUUACAGGAUAAUAAACAGAAAAAUAAGGAUCAACUUAAGCAAAGAUACCUGAUACAUUAUUAUUAGAAACUAUUCUUAUUUUGCAUAUGAUGAUAGUUGUGAUAAAAGUAUUUUUAUUGGAAGAAUUCCUGUAUGUGACCUUGAAAUAAAUAAAAUAGAUAAAUAAGACAUCUGGAUAAUUAUAUUAUUGUUUACGUUUUGAAUAUAAUCAAAGAGAAUUAACAGAUGUAUAAAAAUGA